CUCAUUUCCCUUAAAAAUGACGUGGUCUAAUAUACUACCCAUACAAUGUUCCACCGGUCUAUCCUCUUGACGGAGACACGGACGAUUCGGGUUCAUCUCUUUCGUCUGGCGUCUGCUCCUUCUUUCUCAUAUUAAGGAGAGUACACAUGGCCACCUAUGUUAUCUGGGGAAACGCCUGGAAGAUUACGUCACCAUCCACCGCCGGUCCCGGAAACCGGAACCGUUUGUUCUUCCCCAAUUGCCACGAAAAGAGAUCGUUCUCUAUCAAUGGCUUCAAUUUCCCGGCCAGAAAAAGAAGUUUGUCAACUGUCAGAUCCGAUCCCUCCGGUUCCGAAAAAACCGUGUCCGAGAAGACCCAGGUCGUCGAAUCUAAUCCGCCGAGUAGACAGAAUCGCAGAUGGACAGGCUACGUUGAGAAGGACACCGCCGGCCAGACCAACAUAUACUCCGUCGAACCGGCGGUCUACGUGGCCGAGAGCGCAAUCAGCUCCGGAUCUGCGGGUUCCUCAACCGAAGGAGCCGAGAACACCAUGGCCAUCAUCGCCGGGAUCGGUCUCAUCUCAAUCGCUGCCGCAUCGUCGAUUCUGCUCCAAGUUGGGAGGAAGAGUCCUCCGCAAGUCCAGACGGUGACGGAAUAUUCCGGUCCGUCACUUAGCUACUACAUAAAUAAGUUCAAGGCCAAGGGAAUUGUUCAAGCUCUUUUCGCUCCAGCGGUGGAAAGUACUGGAACGUCUCUUCCAAGCUCCUCUCAGGCGCCGGUUGUUUCUUCGGCCGCGGUUCUGCCAUAGGGGGUAAUCCAACAAGAUGUUAAUAAAUUUUAACAUUAAAUUUGAAUUGAAAAAAUAUUACUCCGUACUUAUCUUCUUACAUUACUACAUCUUGUUCAUGUCUGAAAUUUCCUGCUCGUCUAAUCUGAUUUCAUUUGACUCCCAAAAUACUGGUAGCUGAUUGGCCAUGUUAUGAAUUCGUCGUUCUACAAACCUGACCAUAAGAAAGGUGGAAGUUUAUGAGCAGUGCAAAGAAAUCUACUCUAGCUUUCUGUUAAAGUUCAUAGAUUGAAAUUAAAAGCGUUUGAGUAAAUUUUUGAAGCCUAAUCUCUGAAUGUGUUUUCCUUGAAUUUGUAUCAUGAAAAAGAUCAAUCAAUUAAGGAGAAAAGUUUCAUAAUGCUAGUGUAUUCGUGAUUAGUAUUAGAGCUGAUAUUACAUAUUCCUCAGUUCCCAAAAAUACUUCUCGCUUUCCUUUUUGGGCUGUUCCCAAAUAUACUUCCCACUUUCUCAUUUUGGACAAUUUGUGUGGCUCACAUUCAUUUUACCUUUUUUUCUUACACAAUCACAACCAUACAUUUCCACUUUAUUCCACUUUCUUAAUAAGCGUGUCAAGUCAAACCGGGAAGAAUUUUUAAGAACGGAGGGAGUAUAGACGUAGUAUAACAAAUUCUGAUAUGCUUCAUUCCAAUACAGGCAAUGCUGUUUUGAAAUUUGAAUUAUGCAAAUGAUAGGUGUAACGGGAAAUCUACAACUAUCUAUGUGUUUACUUGUGUGGUUUUGUGUAAGUUGGGAUUCUUUUUACCGCCGAAUCAGAUUAUAACAUUUUUUUGUUGGCGCUUUUAAGGAUAGUUAUCAACCGGGUUUGCCAUUACUUUGUGAUGUCAUUCUCACUUCAACGCCAUGUUAAUGCUACUCACUGCCACAUCAUUGUCUAAUAGUUUCUGUUUUACCUUUUCUACUUUUAUUUUCAAUGUUUCCACCGACCCACACCCCAUCAUCACCAACCCCAACAAUCAAUCAAUCGUGGGAGGUCCCAACCAUCAACCAUUUACUCACUCUAUUUCUGAAAGAUCUUUACACUUUCCAUUUUUAGCAGUACCACAAUUAUCUUUACACUUCUUUAUUUGCCUUAUUUGGCAAACAAAUUUACACAAUACAAACAGUGUCAAACAGUGUACUCUAUAAUAAAGUCAAAUUUAUUUCCUUAAAAGUCGUAAAGUCAAAGUGUAAACAUCUUUCAGAACCGGAGGGAGUAGUUAUUAUAUAAGUAUCUAGAACAAAUAGAUGUAAUGAAGCCCUGCGAAAUUAAAUUACGUUGAUAAUCAUUUUUUU